UAAAAAUGUCGCAGAAAAGAGAGAAAGUGUUGGACACAAUGGUCGUCUAUAAUUAACACACCGCCACACUUGCCGCUAUUGUCUAGAACUCUCUCUCUCUCUCAAAGACACUCGUCUCAAAGGAUCUCUGAAACCUAAAAACCAAGUUGGAUCUGAGCUAUAUUUCUUAAUAUUCUGCUAUCACGACUAAAAAAUCCAGAGUCAUGUCGGUUUUACUUACUCUGUGUCUGGUUCUCUCCAUGAUUACCUAUUCAAAUGCUGCGUAUUGUGUAUGCAAAGACGGGAACGAGCAAGUGCUUCAGAAAGCCAUAGAUUACGCAUGUGGAGCAGGAGCUGACUGUUCUCAGAUCCAGCAGAACGGAGCUUGUUUCCAACCUAACACCAUCAAAGCCCACUGCGACGUCGCUGUCAACAGUUACUACCAGAAGAAAGCUUCCUCCGGUGCCACCUGUGACUUCAACGGCGCCGCUGUUAUCUCUACCUCCCCUCCGUCAACUGCUUCAAGCUGUUUAACUGGUUCCAGCUCUAGUGGGACACCAACCACAGGAACCCCAAGCACUGGGACACCAAGCACAGGAACACCAACCACAGGAACCCCAAGCACUGGGACACCAACCAGUGGCUUCCCAUCCACCGGGACUCCGUCAACCGGGACACCCACUACCGGAAUGCCUAGCACGGGGACUCCUUCCACUUCAACUGGCAUGCCGAACUCUGGCACGCCAGCAAACGGAAUGCCAACUUCGUCUUCAUCAUCCGUGUUCCCUGGUACUACUCUUGGACCGACCGGGAGCGGUGGAUUCGCCGAUCCUAACGCUGGAGAGAAGAUCUCAGUCCGAACUAACGCUGCCUUCUUCUUACUAACCGGUGUAGCUAUUAUGCUUGUGGUUUAGAAGAAACAUCACGGUUGGGCUGAGACUUUGCCAACGGCUUUAUGAGGUUGCGCAAAUCGGAUAGAGCUGCUUUAUCUUUUUUUUUUCCGUUCACUUUUGCCUUUGUAGGGUUUCGAACUGGAGUUUACUAUUAUUAGGUUUGGCCGGGAGACAUCAUGCUGGGUUAGUAGCUAGCUAGUAAUAUGGGAUGUACAACUUAAAAGCGAGAUCUUUUGACGUUAUUUUGUAAAUUCGGAGGAUGAGAUGCUCUUUUGUUUCUUUGAA